AUGGAUAUUUGCAUUAGCCAUCUUUACAAUAGACAAAUAAAAAAGAAUAUAUUACAGGAUGUUUUUUACAAAUUAGAGAAUUACGACAAUGAAGAAUUUUUAUGCUUCGACGUAAACUCAAGCGGGAGUCUUCUCGUGGCCGCGUCCAAGACGUCUCUUUACUUUUUUCACAUUUUGACGGGCACCUUACUGCUGCAGCAUAGCUAUUACGAUGAAAAUGAAAAGGAAGAUUUUCUGAAGCGGGACAUUUUCGAGGAGGGGAAAAUACAUGCCAGUACGUGCAGUGGGGUGAAUGAUAAGGGCAGCAACGCGAGUGGAAAACACGAGGGGGUCAAGAGUGUCGUGGAUUGCGAGGGGAACGAAUAUGACAAUGAGAAGGAGAUCGAGAAUGAGAAUAGCACGAGCGGAAACAUUACGAGGAACGACAACAUCAGCAGCAACGAGGUUGGAAGCGCUAGCGGGGUUGGCAGCGCUGAUAAAGUUGAUCAAGCUAGCCGUGUUGAUUAUGCCAACCGUGUUGAUUAUGCCAACCGUGUUGAUCAUGCCAACCGUGUUGAUCAAGCCAACCGUGUUGAUCAAGCCAACCUGGUUGACCCCCUCGCCAUGUGCUACGACCCGGGGGAGGCGAAGGCAAGACAAAGCCCCAACUGCGACGAGGAUCUGAAGACCACCAAAGAGGAAGAGGAAAGUUGCGCCACCCCAAUUGCAGCAAUUCAAAAUGGAAACGACUUUUCCGAGAAUUUGCUGACGCAAAAUGAUUCCAUCUGUAACGACGACUCGGUAAAAUCACAUAAGAGGAAGCUCUUUUCAGUUAAGGGACAAAAGUCGAAGAAAGUGAAAAAACGUUCGAGACAGUCCCAGAGAAAUCCCAGCAAAAGUGGAGAAAACGUAACCAAUUCGAGAAGCAAAAAUAACGAAAAUAGCAGUAGGAAAAGUAGUGACGAUAAAUUUGAAGAAGAAAACGUACAUAUAAAGAAAAUACAAUUUAUAAAAAGUGACAAGUAUUUAUUGUGCGUAUCGAAGAGAUACUUGUACAUUUUUAAAAUCUGCAAAUUUCCCAUCACCAGAAUAGUGUACAUCGAUUUGUUAUACCUCUGCAUUGGAAUCGAGACGGUCAUUUCGGAGAAGCUUUUUUUUCCUUGCUUCUUUUCUGAGUAUUUUUAUCUUUUUUAUAAAGAAAAUGAAUAUAAGCAGAGGGGAGAGGGGAGUCUCCUGAACAGUAGUUGUUUAAGUAACGAUUUUUCGCGACCCUUUGGGUCCAAUUCUGACGUGUCUAUAAAUAAAUGCGAGGAAAUCUCGGAGUGCAGUAAAAAUUGUAAAGAGAUGGAAUCGCCCCCCCUUAGGGGCUACCAAGAGGAAGCCACUCCCGCGAAGGGUCAUUUGAGCCUUUUCAAAGAUUAUUAUAAAUUAUACGCAAGUUUGAACUUUAACAAAAUUAGAAACUUUGAAAUAUGCGAAGUAAAGUGCGUGGAUUUUAGGAAGAAAAGGCGCCUCUCCGGGGAUGAAGGGGGGAACGUUUACGUCCUCGAUCUGGUUUUGUGUCUCAAGGAGCAAAUUCCGUACGUGUCCAGGGUGUACGUGGAGGAGAUGGCAGACUUGAGCGGCCAAUACGCAGCUGACCCGACGGGCCAAUACGCAGCGGACCCGACUGUCCACUACCCAACCGCCCUGCGUGAGGUACACCCCCUUGCGCCGUAUGCAGAGCGCAUGAACGACUUCGUCGUGGACGUGAAUGAGACGCUCCCCAUCAUCUCGUACGAACAGAUGAACUUCACAUUUCAGGAAAUGGCCAGAGAGAGCUGCUUGCAUGCGAGGAAAGACUUACUUUAUUCGAAGAGUAAGUCGAAGAGUAAGAAAAAAUAUGUGAAGGGGGGGAGCUCGAAAAAUCUGGUCUAUAACCAAGUCAAUGGUGUGAGUAAGAUGGAGUGCGCCGCGGGGGUGCUCGGAGAGGCAAUCCUUAGCGAAGCGGUGGUUGAGGGGGGGGGCGCCAUAGAACUGGCUAGUGCAGUGACAACCCGAAUGCCCAGCGGACUGCCAAGUGCAGCGGCGAGCGAAGCUACAAUAGGGAAUGUCAAAACGGUGGACCCCGCGGAGAGCUACAUCAGCAACAGCAACCUCCCCCCCAGUGAGACCCACAGAGAGGGCGCAAGCGUCUGCGAAGAGAAGGAUGAAGAAGCUAUGCAGUUGAUUAAAUUUUUUGAAAACUACGAAAAUAGUCGGAAAUUUUUAAAAAAAAUGCUGAGUGGAUAUUUCCCCAUCUGUGUGUACAAAAAGAGGAGCAAGAGGAGGUCCAAGGAAUUACCAACCACGUUGAAUAUAUAUGACAAUUUGGAUGCACUUCUGAAGGGAGGAACCCUAAGGGGUAGCUUUCCCAGAGGGGAGGAGAAAGAGGAGGAAAUUUUCGAAAAAGAAAAUGACUGCUACAUUUUUGACUACUCCGGGAGGGAAAAAACGGACUACUUUAAUUUUCCCCACAGUUUGCUAAAAAAUAAGAACAGCUUGAAAAAUGUGAAUAAGCAUAGGGAUAUUGACAAAAAGAAGCACUACAUAUAUGUGGGAACCCCGUCGUAUGUCCUCGCCUUCGAAAUGCACUACGUGAAAAGGCGUACCGCCGCGGAUGAACAGGAAAACAAAAAAGCGGCGUCGCUAAAAAGGAAUAACAUAGUGUAUUCCAAAAUUGAGUGCAUAUCGGAUGAAAUUUACAGGACGUGCGAUAAUUACUUGAGGAAGGUACAGGACAAAACCCUUUUUGAGAAAAAAAUAGAGUUAAGUUUUCUGUUUAAAAUAUACCUGGGGAUAACAACUCCGCUGGAUAUUGCCAUAAGGGAGAAGGGGAACCUGCUCUGUGUGAGGACAUUGGAAAAGGUGUUUCUCUACAAGGUUACGUACAAGUAUAGCGUCCACUGCAUGGGGGGCUUUUCCCAUUCGAAUCGGAUGUCCCUAUCGGAUGAGAGGAAUUCCCUUCAGCAGUGCGCAACGGGUGGGGUCCCCCCCCAAAUGGAAGACAACACUACAAUCGGUGCUGUGACAAAGAAGAGCUCUCCACCUUAUGAGGGAAAACAAAAUGACCUGUACAGCUACAUCGAUCGGAUAUGCCUCUACCACACAAUUCAUAAUCCAAUUCAGAAGGAAGUACACGAGUUGUGCUGCUUCAGUGAAGACAUUUACCAAUCCUACCUGCUUGUUGUGUCUCUAAAGUCUGGGCAGUACACUCUAUACAUUUACGAUUUGAAGCAUAUGGAUUUACAAAAUGCAGUGAAGGUAAAUAUCUCUGCUUAUAAAGGGUUCAAACAUAUGCGGUGGAUAAAAUGCUAUGACAUGCUAGUGGCCCUUUCCAAUGUAGGGAAUUACCUACUAGUGUUAAAGAACAAACACCUAAAUAAUUGGAGCUUCUUCAUCUCCGAUUUUGAAUUGAUAGAUUCUAACAUUGAAGUUAUCGAGGAAGAAAACGAAUUUGACAUAAUAGAAAAUAUUCAGCCGAAACAUAAAAAUAUUGAUGACCAUAUUUGGAAGUAUAUUAUUAUUUACAUAAAUUUAUUUAUAAAGAAUAAAAUUUGCAUUCAGAAUUUAAUUCACCCCUCCUCCCUUUUUCCGAUUCUCUAUACGGGGUAUUAUAAAAACAGCCCCAUGUAUUUUUUUUACAAGUCCUGUUACGAUUUUGGCAAGGAGAAUUUCCUCAGUUAUGAGGCGGACGAGUCUGCGGAGCGGGGGAGGCAAGAAAAAAUGGAAAAAGGGAAAGGAAAAGAAGACGAAAAUGAAAAAGUAAACGAACGAGAAAGCCAACAAAUGGAGGAAAAACUAACGCCUUCGUUUUUACAAAUCAGAGAAAACCUGGAUCAUUUAGUGGGUUCACCGUUUGAAGAACCCGAGGAGGAGCCCCCAAACGAUUUGUUCGUUAGGGACAACUCGAACGGCGUGGAGUUGCUGGCCCCCGAAAUGGUUUAUUAUCUGUACUACAAAAAUACAGUCAAUUUUUCAUUGUAG